CGACAGUGCCCCUGUCUUUGCAUGUAGGAAACCCCGGUGCGGCCUCUCCGAUCAGCGCUCGAGCUGAAAAGAAUCAUGCCAGCUAAAGGUCCCCUACAGUCUGUCCAGGUUUUCGGGCGUAAAAAAACGGCCACUGCUGUUGCCCACUGCAAGAGGGGAAAUGGACUAAUUAAGGUCAAUGGCAGACCCCUUGAGAUGAUUGAGCCAGUCACUCUGCAGUACAAACUGCUGGAGCCUGUUCUGCUGCUGGGUAAGGAGCGCUUCGCUGGUGUUGAUAUCAGAGUUCGCGUCAAGGGUGGAGGACAUGUUGCUCAGAUUUACGCCAUCCGUCAGGCCAUCUCCAAGUCCCUGGUUGCCUACUAUCAGAAAUUUGUGGAUGAAGCCUCUAAGAAAGAGAUCAAGGAUAUCUUGAUUCAGUACGACAGGACCCUGCUGGUUGCUGAUCCCCGCCGCUGCGAGUCCAAGAAGUUCGGUGGACCCGGAGCUCGUGCCCGCUACCAGAAGUCCUACCGUUAAAAUCUCUCUGUAUAUUUUCAUUCAAUAAAACUGAGGGGGAAAACA